UCUCUCUUUCUGUCUGUCUGUCUAUCUCUUGACUCGCGGAGAGGUUCCCGCGCGCUUUAACACGCGUGGCACUCGCCCGGAGAACGCAUUGACAACGAGAGAACGCGUGGACGUGUUGCCGAACGAGACUAUAGUGGCCACCCGCGACUUUACGCCCGUGGUAUCUUAGGUCUUAGCUAACUUCGUCUCUAGGAGAAUGUAAUACGAACUAUUAAGAACCAAGGCCUCUACAUUCUCUGUCACGAAGAUAAGGGCGAGGCAAUAGAGAAGCUGACAAAAGAAGAGGAAGCAACGGCGGUGGUUAACGUUUGAUGAUACUCACGCUACGCGGAGAUAAACUUAUUCGAGGAGGCACUAGACUGGGACGAUCGUUCACAGGCGAUAAAUUGAAGCACGUAUUCCAAGACGAGACGUUGAAGAAGAUUGCAAGGGUGUAACAACUGCCGCCGCUGAUGCUUCAUGCGGUGACUUGAAUCGUUCAGCACGUGUCUACGGCGAAUUUGCUACUGGUGUUAAAAUCUCAACCGACUGCCGUGGCAUAUCUUCUCAAGUAUUGUUGACAAUACUGAUGUUAAUUUGACGGCAUCUGUAUCAGGUUUCGCUAAAUUUUGUGCUUAGCACUUAAGGUAAAUACUGAAAAGAUAGUUUACGGCCUAGUCACAUUAUUUAAAUCAGACGUCCUGCAUUACCAAACAGUGUAAUGAAGAAUUUGCAAAUCAACGAACAUGACAUAAGCAGCAAGCAUAUUAUCAACCAAAAAGAUGCUGAAGCUGCCGGUAAUCAUCAGGAAUGUAACAGUGAUGCAGUACAGCGCACGAUGGGCCAACUCGGCCGCUGGCAGAUCUUCGUUUGUGCAGCUAUAUCCCUUGUCAAAUUCCCAGUUGCCUGGCACCAACUGGCAAUCGUUUUCAUGGCGCCGAAACAGACAUACAAUUGUACGGCACCGGGAUACAUCACUACGGAUGAUGAGUGCCAUGUCCUGAUUAACGGUACCCAGCAUGAAUGUACAAAAUGGGAAUUCGACAGGAGCAUCUUUCCUGAGACCAUAAUAUCUCAGUGGAAUCUUGUGUGUUCUCGUUCAAACUAUGCAAACCUUCAGCAAUCAACUCUUAUGUUUGGUAUUCUGCUUGGCAGCAUAUCUUUUGGUUUUUUAUCGGACAGGUUUGGACGAAAACUUCCUUUAAUGGUCUCUAUUGUGCUUCAAUUAGCAUCUGGCAUUGGUUGUGCUAUUGUUCCGUGGUUUCCUGUGCUCCUGUUAUUGAAAUUUUUAAGUGCUUUGGCAACUGGCGGUACGAUGGUUACUAGUUAUGUAAUAUGUAUGGAAAUAGUUGGAAAAAGUUGGCGUGCAGCUAUAACAAUUUUAUACCAGAUUCCGUAUAGUUUAGGACACAUGUCUUUGUCCGGCAUUGCUUAUUGGUUUAGACAUUGGCAACAUCUUCAAAUCGCUAUGACUCUACCUUCUAUUAUGCUACUAAGUUAUUGGUGGAUCGUUCCUGAAUCGCCGAGAUGGCUUCUAGCUAUGGGUAGACAGAAAGAAGCUUGCAAUGUUCUAAAAUCAGCUGCCAAAAUGAAUAAAUUAGACGACAAAGAUAUAACCGAAGUUGUCAGAAAACAUUGCUUACAUCAGAAUUCUAAAAAAACUGAAGCGGAUGGUAAAGCAUCAUUUCUAGAUCUUUUCCGCACACCUAAUAUGAGAACGAAAUCAUUAACAAUUUUUUUUAAUUGGAUUGUCUGUGGGAUGGGUUUAUUUGGUAUGACACAAUACAUUGGACACGUUGGUGGUGACAUAUUUUUAAAUUUUGCUCUUUCCGGAAUAAUUCAAAUUCCUGGAAAUUUUCUUGCCUGGUGGACCAUGAAUGCUUUAGGUAGAAGAAUUACACUACUGACGAGUAAUAUUAUUGCAGGCGCAGCUGCUCUUUUAUUGAUUUUUGUUAAUAAUGAUUUGGAAUGGCUGAGAUUGAUCUUGGCUUGUUUUGGUAUUGUUGGCAUGUCAGUUUCCUUUACAACAGUUUAUUUGUAUUCCGGUGAACUCUUUCCUACGGUUAUAAGAAAUAUUGGUGUAGGAACGAGCAGUAUGUGUGCAAGAAUAGGAUCAAUGGUGGCUCCAUUCGUAGUAUCUUUGGGCACAAUUAAAUUUUGGUUACCACCUAUAAUAUUUGGAGUUUUACCAUUAAUUGGUGCUGCUCUUUGUGUAUUAUUACCAGAGACUGCUGGCUGCGACCUUCCAGAAACUUUGCAAGAUGGAGAAGAUUUUGGAAAAUCAGAAAAUACAGUAAAGAAGAGCAAAGAGCACAACGAAGCCGAAAUGUCCUUAUAA